AUGCCAGAAAGCCCUAUUCCGACGCGUAAACUGGGCAAGGACGGCCCUGACGUUCCAGCCAUAGGCUUCGGAUUGAUGGGGAUGACUGGUAUCUACGGGACCGCUCCUAGCGAAGAGGAACGAUUCAAAAUCUUGGAUCGGGCUGCUGAGAUUGGCGCAACAUUCUGGGACACGGCGGACAUCUACGGCGACAAUGAAGAAAUGUUAGCCAAGUGGUUCCAACAAACAGGAAAACGAGACAAGAUAUUCCUCGCAACAAAGUUCGGUAUUAUGAUGGAAGGGUUUAGAUUCAAAGGAAUCAAUAGUUCUGCGGACUACUGCAAACAACAGUGCGACGCAAGCCUCAAACGUCUCGGCACUGAUAAAAUUGACCUCUACUAUGCUCAUCGGCUGAACCACGACACGCCGAUCGAAGAAACCAUGAGGGCUCUAGCACAAUUGCAGGCCGAAGGGAAAAUAAAAUAUAUCGGGUUAUCGGAAGUGGGAUCUGAUUCGCUUCGGCGUGCUGUUAAAAUUGCGCCUGUCGCCGCAGUCCAGAUGGAGUACUCGCCUUUCGUGCGCGACAUAGAGGGAGAGUCAAGUACGCAUGUUCUCCAGACCUGUCGCGAGCUCGGCAUCGCUGUUGUUUGUUACUCGCCUCUCGGUCGCGGCUUGCUUACCGGGAGGUUUUCCACCCAAGACUCACUGUCUGCCGAGGGCGAUAUCCGCGCCAAGUACUUUCCUUGGUUCAAUGAGGAGAAUUUCAGUCGUAACGUGUCAAUUAUCAACCGAUUCAAUGAAUUUGCGCAUAGAAAGCGAUGCACUCCUUCACAGCUAGCGAUUUCUUGGCUGCUUCACCAAGGGCCGGAUAUCAUCCCAAAUCCCAGAACCAAGUCCAUCAAGUAUCUGGAGGAUAAUGUGGGCGCAUUAGCCGUCAAAUUGACCGAGGACGAGAUGGUUGAAAUUCGGACGUUUUUGGAAAGCAAUCAAAUUGCCGGGUAUCGUUCGACCGCAGGCAGCGAGAAUUUUGCUUAUGUCACGACCAAAGCUGAGAAUUGA